AUGCAGGUUCUUCGAUCAUAUUUUCAGCGUAGACUACAAGCGUCGGCACUUGGUAUUCAGGCCAGGCAGUUUUUCGGUGAGCAAUUAUCCAGUCGGGUGGUCGCCGCUGUAGUAGGAGCCAGUCAGAUUUCAAGCGGGUACCUUGGCUCAAGGCGACCUUCAACCAGGAUUAUAGUGGCUGGGGCGAGUGAUGGUAAAAUAAGGUUAUGUACUCGGNGGUACUUUGAUGAAGAAGUCGAUAGAGUUAGCAAAGAUACCAAAUGGGUGGGUUCUAAGGCUCGAGAUACUGAUGGGUUUAAAUUGUGGUACUCAGGGCACGAGUGGGGAAAGAAUGGGGUAGGUAUCUUGGUUGACAGGGAACUUAGAGAGCUAGUGGUAGAAGUUAGAAGGGCACCUCAAGUGGGUUUGGACGAGGAGAUUAAGAGGCAUUUCUGGGAAUCCCUUGACGGGUUGGUCCGUGGAAUUCCGCACACCGAGCAGUUAUUAAUAGGAGGAGAUUUCAAUAGUCACAUUGGGGCAACCUCUGGGGGUUAUGACGGUGUGCAUGGAGGCUUUGGCUUUGGAGUUAGGAACGAAGGUGGUACUUCGCUGUUGGACUGUGCUACAACUUUUGAUCUGGGUUUCUCUGGCGGCCACAAAGGUGACUGGCGGUGGAGUGAGGAGGUACAAGAGAAAGUGAAAGCUAAGAAAGCGGCGUACUUGAAGCUUAUAGAGAGCAUAGACGAGGAGGCGAAGAGGAUUAACAUGGAGGGGUAUUGGAGGGCUAAGAAGGAGGCAAAGUUAGAUGUUACUACGGCUAAGACUACGACAUUUGGGCAUUUGUAUGAAGAGCUUGGGGCCAAAGGCGGGUACAAGAAGUUAUACAUAAUAGCCAAGGUGAGAGAGAGGAAGACCCAUGAUCUGGAUCAUGUUAAGUGCAUCAAAGAUGAGGAAGGUAGAGUUUUGAUGGAAGAGUCUCAGAUUAGACGAAAAUGGCAGACAUACUUCCAUAAAUUCCUAAAUGAAGAAGGUGAUAGGAACAUUGUGGAGCACUCCAAGAUUCAUCGGGAUUUCAGGUAUUAUAGGUGCAUAAGAGUAGAGGAGGUCGAGGGGGCUAUGCAUAAGAAACACAGGGGUAGAGCAACCGGGCCAGACUUAACCCCUGUGGAAUUUUGGAAGAAUAUGGGUAGGGAAGGUUUGGAAUGGCUCACUAGGCUGUUCAACAUCAUUUUUAGGACGAAUAAGAUGCCCGAAGAAUAA